GGCUCCCUCGCGCGCCCCUUACUUAAACCCGCGAGCGUCGGCCACGCGCCGCCGGAGGCGCCUCAGCCGAUCGCCGAGCGGUCGAUGCCCUCGCUCCGCAGCCAGCGCUCCGCCGCCGGUGGCUCCACCCGCCAUUGUAGCCCAGCCAUCCAAUAUGGAGCAUGCCUUUACCCCGUUGGAACCCCUGCUUCCCACUGGAAAUUUGAAAUACUGCCUUGUGAUAUUGAAUCAGCCUUUGGACAAAAGUUUUCGUCAUCUUUGGAGCAAAGCUCUGUUAAGAGCCUGUGCUGAUGGAGGUGCCAAUCGCUUAUAUGAUAUCACUGACGGAGAGAGGGAACGCUUUUUGCCUGAAUUCAUCAGUGGAGACUUUGAUUCUAUUAGGCCUGAAGUUAGAGAAUACUACACUGUUAAGGGAUGUGAGCUCAUUUCAACUCCUGACCAGGACCAUACUGACUUCACCAAGUGCCUUCAAGUGCUGCAGAAGAAGAUAGAAGAAAAAGACCUCCAGGUCAAUGUGAUUGUGACAAUGGGAGGACUUGCUGGGCGUUUUGACCAGAUCAUGGCGUCCGUGAGCACCUUGUUCCAAGCGACUCGCAUCACUCCUUUGCCAAUUAUAAUCAUCCAAGAGGAAUCUCUCAUCUACCUGCUCCAACCAGGAAAGCACAAAUUGUAUGUAGACACUGGAAUGGAAGGUGAUUGGUGUGGCCUUAUUCCUGUUGGACAGCCUUGCAAUCAGGUUACAACGACGGGCCUAAAGUGGAACCUCACAAAUCACGUGCUCAGCUUUGGAACCCUGGUCAGCACCUCCAAUACCUACGAUGGAUCUGGUGUUGUGACCGUGGAAACGGACCACCCACUCCUCUGGACCAUGGCCAUCAAAAACUGACCCAGGGACUAGCCUUCGUAGCUCUGCCUCCAACUUACCUCAUCUGCCAACAACUCAUUGCUCAACAAGCACAGUUCCCCUUGGUCUGCAGGAGUCUAAUUCUACUUGUUUUAAAGCUGUCAAUGUUUAGUUAAAUUCAGGUAACGUAAUGACAGAUCUCAGUUUUACAGUGAGGGGAGAAAUCAUUAUGUUUAAGAAAAUAAAUAAGCUCUAUUACAUUCAGUUGAAAAACUAAUGUGGAUCAUUCCACCAUACAGUUCAGUACUUAUUGUCCUUAUGUUAUUAAUCAUUCCAUUUAUCCUAGAAAAUGACUUUAAUUCAAAACUGAGAAAGCUCAGUGGGCUCCUUGGUAUCAGCACACAGGCCUCCUGCUGCACACCCUCCAGGGCUUGGCACCCAGGGCUGCUUCCGAGCCUUUUAGCAUUAGAUUCCUGUGUAGCAGAUGAAAGUUUCUUACCAGAUUGAGAUGUUAGGACUGCACCCUUUUACUUCAGCCUUAUUACCGUCUCUUAAAAAUAAGACCCAUUGGCCUAAUUAUUAAAUUUGAAAGCAGGCGGUUAUGGAAGCUCUAGGUGAAAAGAGAAAUGGCAUGAAUUCAUAAAGCCCUGGGAAACUCCCCAAAGCUGCCUCAUUGCCUUGCAGCCUGGACUGAGACAGCUGUGCACAGCAAGCCCAGAAGUGGAAUCACUCCUGACACACCUCAGACUGAGAAACACUGGCUCGCAGGCAACACGCUUACCCGAUGACCAGAACACGAGCCUGGCAGCCUGUGGGAUGAGUGAGCUCCGUGCACUGAGGAGCCUGCGUUCCUGUGCCCCAGUCACCUGACUCCCCGGAGCCCUCUCCUCACCUGGAAAUGGAGGGACUGGAUGUAGGGUCCGGAGCCCGUUCCCACACUCAGGGCCCAAACACGGACUGGCGGUUCCUGGGCAGAUCCUGCACAGGGUGAGGGUGUUAAGUCCGGCACUGAAACAUUCACGUUGCUGUUAGGAUUAGACCCUCCUCCAGCCUCUUACCCUUUCUGUCCCGUUUCCCAACCCGUGUGUGGCCAUAUAAACCAGGAAGUAGAAGAACCUGCCAGUGGGCUGCCGCUGUGGGAAAGGGACCAGCAGCUCUUUCCUCCUGGUGCUACGAGAGGGCCUCUCUGAACCAGCGCGCAGGUAACCGUGAGAUCCUCUCAACCAUCUGUGCCAACGUGUGUGAGACUGGAAUCCAGAUGUCAAAUAAAAAUGUUUAAUGUGCGCGUGUGUGGUCAGUAUUAAAGAAAACAAUCUUCCUCAACUACUUCAUUAUCACCAACCUCUCACCUCAGUGCUUCUACAUUUUAAAAAAGAUUUCCUCAAAGGAUGAUUAGUAAGGGCAAUACUUCACUCAUCUGAUUUCAGAGAACAACCAGAAUUAUUAUUAAUACAUUCUCUAACCUCUUUCCCUGGGAGUUCCUUUCCAGAUCCCCUGUGCCAGGUGUUUACCUGUGACCCCCCCUAUAAAGUAGGAUUAGGCAUGGACCUGUGUACCCUAUAGGACUGAGAAAGGAAGGACAGGUAGAUUGCUUUUCAAGAGCUUUCUAAGCUGGAGGGGAAGGAAGAGAGAAGGCCCUGUCAGAGUAGAGGAACUGGAGGAAGCUGGAGGAGGAAGAGCGUGGCCAGCGAGGGAGGGCCCACGGAGCUCACACCCAGUGCUGCAGGGAGAGCCACCGCUAGGUCCUUCCAUUCUUCUCAGCACAAACGCAGAGCCCAGAGCUCCUGUCCACACACCACCAAGCUCCCCCCUCACCACACAGACAAAUGCACAGCCGCCGGGGAAGGUGGGCCAGCACCGGCUCCUUCAGUUCAUUUAACUCGGAACCUCCAGCAGAAAAGCUUACCCAAGACUCCACACCACACCUGCACCAAUGGAAACUGGAAAGCAGGAUCGAACCUGCACCCUAGGAAUGUGCCCUGACCAGGAAUCAAACACGCCACCACUUGGCGUACGGAUGACCCGCCAACCAACUGAGCCACACUGGCCAGAGCUCCACUGCUUGCUUUUACACUAACACGGAGCCUGCAGGUGAGAUCUCAGGUCACUGGGGAACCUGCCAGGCCUCUCCGGCUGCCCCUCUGCCCGCACACCUGUCCAGUUCGGGUCCUGACCUCCCGAUUACGGCCUUAAAAGAAAUUGGACGCUGGGCCCUGCUUGGAAAACCACUGGGUUCCUUGGCCCCUUUGGUUUCAGUCUUCUUCACACAGGUCAGAUUUAUAACUUAUAAACCUAGAGAUGGUCUCCCCAGAAUGGCCCUAAGUUACCUCAAUCUCCGAUUAGUGACAGCUCUUCUCUUCCAGCAGCUGGGAAUCCGCAGGUGAUCCGAGGUGGAAUAAGGCAUCUGUGUGGUAGGGAACUGGGAGUGGACCCCAGCCCCAGCUGUAGGUCGUGCAGAGUAAUACAGGGGUGGGCAAACAUAGCUUUACAGGUGUGAGUUCACGAAACAGUUUAUUCUCAUAUUGUUAGUUAUUAAUUAUUAGUUUCCAUACAAACAACCAUAACCCUACUCUUGCCCACCAGCUCUGUAUGUCUGCAUUCCUUAACUCCUGCUAAGCAGACAGCAGUUUUCUCUGAGAACUAGGGCCAUUUCAGGACAUACAGAGGAUCACUCGGCAAGGAGGCGGCGGCUGAGACAGCCUGGGCCGUCACAAGCUAGUGGCUGGAGCUACGCUUCUAACGUGUGCAGUGCCUCCGUGACAGACCUUGCUUAUGCUGCUGCUCAGGUUCAUGCUUCCCAAAGACUCACCUGAACGAGCAAAGCAAAGUGCACAUGGACCUGACGUGACUGAGAAGGAGGGUCUGGGCCACGUCAGUGACGGGAGAAACCGUCCUCUCCAGAGUGCGCCUGUCAAACUAUUCACCAUGGCCCACCAGGAACACUCACAGUGCCCUAAUAGUCUUAUUCUAAAUUGAAGAACAAGAACUCUAUUCUAUAGUGAGAAAACCCACCAAGGGGUGGAAUAAAAAUGCAUAAAAGCACAUUUUUAAAAAAUGUGUGUGUGCAAGAGUUCUGCCUUGAGCAUAUACGUCUUUCCUAUAUUCAGGACAAUAUGAGUAUAAUUUACCACUUCAGCAUUUAAUAAUGAUAGUUUGUAUACUAUAUGUGUGCUAAGAGGACUAGCCUACUUGGGACUAUAAAAUCAGUUUAGCCUCACUGGGGAAGGGGGCCACUAGUUUAUUAUGUUGAAUCUAUGGCAUCCUAUUCAGAAUAAAAUAAAUGAUCCUUAUGCCUGGGCAAGAUCAAAUCUGAAAGCACAAGGCCACCCCAUUCCCAGGGAGUCAAUACAUAGGAAAUGGAAAAUUCCUUGAACAUACAAGUUAGUCCUUCCUUGCCCACAGCAGAUUUCACUUAUUAAUCAUAGUUUUCUUUUCUGAUGAGCCCCUUCUCACAACACUCCUCCAGGCAGCCAGGAUCAAUGAUUCUCCAUUGGCGUGGCACCCCUGGAGGCUCGGAGCUGGUGCAUGAUGUCACCACUGGCCAUACAGCAGCUCCCUGAGAAGGAGGUCAUGGCAACAUCAUUCCUCACAGGUAAUGGAGAGUUGAACACAUCAUCCUUCCUCACAGGUAAUGGAGGGGUGAACAGGUCCAAGGACUUGUGCCCUAUGGCCAGAGAGAAACAAAUGCCUCCCUGCAAAACCUGAGCAGGGCCCCAAGGUCGCCCACAGCUGAGAAAUAAGAAAUUUCUAAUAGACUCACAGCCGUCCCUGAGAACCAGGAAAUCAAAGACAUAUAAUACUCUGUUCGCCCAAGUGCUGAAAAGCAUUUUUAACUGACAAUAAAAGGAACUGAUAAAAGAUUAAAAAUCAUAUCGUAAGUAUGUAUUUCUUUUAAAGACUAGUGAAUGUUUAAUAGGUAGUUAUAUUCUCAGACAAUAAAUAUGGGAAAUUAUGGGUACAAAAUUCGGUGGGAACUGAGCCAAGUCUGGAUGGCAGAAUUCAUAUUGUUUUAGUUGCUUAACAUUAUCAAUUCUCUGUAAGAAUGUAAACCCCUGGGGAGCAUGAACGUUAUGUCCCUCACUAUCUGCUGCUUCCUCUGUCUGCAGCGGCUCUGCAGGCGGUACCUGUGGUGCCACUGUACCACUGGCAGUGACCAACCUCCCACGUGUGCCCAGGCCCCGGAAUACACUGCAUCACUCCCUAGUCCCUGAAAACUUACUCGUUUCCUUGCUUGAUUCCUAACCAGGCAAGAUUUGAGAAGAGAUGCUAAAGCUCCCCCUGGACAGGUCCCUCGGUCCUAAAGACAAGGCUGUAAUUCUCGACUGGAGAGUCCUGGUUCUACCGCUCACUCACGCACAUCUGACAGAGGAAGUCACUGCACGGUCCCAGGGCUGGGCUUACAGACGUCACCCAGGCUCACAUGGCUAGCCACACCCUCGUCACAAAGAAGAGAAGAGCACAGGCUGAGGCACUGGGAGCUGCUCGAAGGGGACAGACAAGGAAAAGCGGAGGCCGCGCGGCAGGCACUGGCAGGGUUGGAAGGUCAGCAUGGACUGCAAGAGGCAAGGUUGGAAGCAACGGGAAGAGCACGUUUGGCCCCACUUGCAGGGGAAAUAGAAAAUAGGGGGUUACACAGACAUUUUCCGGAGUUGGAAAGCUUGUAGCUGGAGCUAUUUCCAGCUUUGGGGGUUCAAGGAGUGACCUUGGCCAUCAUGAGUUGAUGUAGACUACAGACAAAAAUACAUGCUAUUUUUAAACA